AAUGUUUACAAAACGUCCAACUGCAAAUCGUAAUGGUGGAAAGUUGAAAGAAAGUCAAACGAAAUCUUCUACGGAACCAGAAGUCAACUUAGCAGUUCAUUUUCCAUUUAUUAAAAGCACGGAUACAGAUUUAGUUCCACACUAUUAUCAUAUACUUAAACAAAAUGAUACUAAAGGUAUGGACUUGGAAUUAGAUGGGUUGCAAAUGGAUCUUGAAAAGUUAUUAAGUUCUGUAGCGAUCCGUAAUCGAAUAUUUCAAACCGAAAUUAAGUUAUUAGAGAAACGUGGAAAAUUGUUUGAACGUCAAUCAACAUCUGGUAAAAGGAAAAAACAAGAUGAAAAACUCAUUAGUCAAAAAGAAAUAUUACAGAAAAUUAGUAAAACCCACUAUAAUUUUAAAACCAACAAAAAUCAAAGUGGUUAUUCACCGUCAAAUUCGGUAGGCGGAGGGGGUCCAGUCCAUGAGAAUCUGAAUAUCACAACAGAUAUUCGUAAACUAAAUAUUCCCAAAAUGACUCUACCUAAAAAUGACACUGCUAAUAGAUUUUGGGUCACUGUAAAUGAAUAUUGUCGACCAGUUACUUCUGAAGAUGUGAAUUUAUUAGAUCAAUUAAUUGAAGAGCAUAAAGAGGAAACCGAACUGAAAAUACCUGAAUUAGGGAAACAUUAUUCAUAUGAAUGGGGUGAAAGUGACCUGUCAUUUUUAGAUAAAAAUGGUGCUCCACCAGCUAAACGAAUAGAUAUUAAAAAAAUAAGUGCAAGUGAAGAAAGCAGUGAAUUAUUGAAAAAAGGAGAAACAGCCAUGAAAUUGGAUUCAAUUCCAGGACCAUUAACACAACGUUUAGUUUUGGCACUUAUGGAGGAUAAUGUUCCAAAUGCAACAAAUCGCUUACAUCGAAAACCUAAUAGGGCACCUGGACAAUUAAGUGAUGCUCUAUGUAUUGAGCGACGUUUACGAAAACAAUUAGUUGAUGUUGGUAUUUUAGAACCAAAUGAUUUAGCUGAAAUUGAAGCAGAUACAAUUACUGAAGAAAUGAAACGUGUUCACCAGGAAUUGUUGGCUGUGAGUAAACAAAACACUGAAAUAUUGAAACGUUUAAAAGAAGACGUAAGUCAAGAGUUAAUUCGACAAAAAAUAGCCAGACAAUUAGAUGAAGUCGAUAAGAAAAUUAUAAAUCAUUAUAAUUCUAUAAUUUCAUAUAAAAUGAAACAAGAGGAAAUACCACCAGAAGUUACUUCAUACGCGCAUAAAUUAAUUAUUAAACAGGAGGAGUUGUGUAAAGAAAUGGAAAGUGUUACACCAAAAGUUAUGCGCUAUUUUCCUUUAGAAUAA